AGACAAGCAGCUGGAGAACACUGUCAGCUGCUGAACCUUCCUCAGGCACCCAGAGCCUCGGCCAGGUCCUGAUGGUGCCUUGGGGUUAGCAGACAGGGUUUUAACUCUCAGCUCCACUCUGGGGACUGCUGCUGGGAUCAGAGCUCACAGCUAUCUCCAGCUCCAAACCCCACUUCAAGCCUCGCUGCCUCCUGCAUCCCUCAGCUGCUGCCUCCUGCAUCCCUCAGCUGCUGCCUCCUGCAUCCCUCAGCUGCUGCCUCCUGCAUCCCUCAGCUGCUGCCUCCUGCAUCCCUCAGCUGCUGCCUCAGGCUCAGAGGAUGGAUGGUCCAGAGCUGAGCUGGCUGCUGAAUCACUCCCAUCCCCUUCCCCUGGCUUCUGCUCAACACCCCGAGCUCAGACCCGACCCUCUGGACGGGCCGGGCUCCUGCCUGCAGCUGGCAGCCACCAGGAACAUCAACAUCAUCCUGCAGCACUACAACUUCACGGGCAAGCUGGCCAGGAGGCACGGGGAUGAGGGCAUGGGGCUCCUCCGCACCGCCUUCGCCAUCAUCAGCUGCAUCAUCAUCGUGGAGAACCUGCUGGUGCUGCUGGCCGUGCUGCGCUGCCUGCGAGCCCGCCGCUGGGUCUACUCCUGCAUCGCCAGCAUCACCCUCAGCGACCUGCUGGCAGGGAUUGCCUACCUGUCCAACCUCUGCCUCUCUGGCAAGAAGACUUUCCAGCUUUCCCCUCAGCUCUGGUUCUUAAGGGAAGGGAUCCUCUUCGUGGCGCUGGCUGCCUCCACCUUCAGCCUGCUGGUGACGGCCGUCGAGCGCUACAGUGCCAUGGUGAGACCCAUCGCUGAGAACGAAGCCAGCAAGACCCUGCGCUUGCGGGGCCUGAUCGUGUCCUGCUGGCUGCUGGCCUUGGUCAUCGGGCUCCUGCCGCUGCUGGGCUGGAACUGCCUCUGUGAUUUCGCCUCCUGCUCCGUCCUCCUGCCUCUCUACUCCAAGAACUACGUCCUUUUCUCUGUGGUCAUGUUCAGCAUCAUCCUCCUGGGGAUCGUCGGGCUCUACAUCUCCAUCUUCCAGUUGGUUCAGGCCAGUUCCAGGCAAAGCAGCUCCCGGCACGGCCGCAAACGCUCCCUGCGCUUGCUCAAGACUGUGCUGAUGAUCCUGGGUGCCUUCAUCAUCUGCUGGAGCCCUCUCUUUGUCCUUUUGCUCUUCGAUGUCUUCUGUGAGACCCAGAGCUGCAAACACCUGCACAGCUUGGACUGGACCUUGGCUCUGGCCAUGCUGAACUCGGGGAUUAACCCCGUCAUUUACUCCCUGAGGAGCGUGGAGGUGCGCCGGGCCGUGGGGAGCCUGCUGUGCUGCUGCUGUGUCAGGCUGGGCCUUUGCAAACCUGGCCAUUGCUUGGUCAUCACAGACAUCAACUCUGGCUCGUCCACAGAGAGCUCCUUGCGUUGCAGGGAGAGCUUCCGUGGCUCCGUGGCAUUCAGCCCCCGGCCCAGGGCACCUCUCUCCAGCAACUCCAGCAUGAUGAGCAACCUCCCCAGCAUCUGAGAGGCCCCUGGGGAGAGCUGGAGAUGCUGCAGACGGCUGCCCAAGGAGACAUCGUGCUGCUGUUGGUCCUGGCCUGACCACUUACUGACCAGCUGUGGCCUGACUCCUGUUGUGGGCUGUGACUGGGCUUCCCAGUCCCUUCAGACUGGGAUGUUGCUCCAGUGGGGAUGCAGCACAGGGACAGGCUUUGCUCCUGGCGUGGGAGUGAAGGAUAUGGCACGUGUCUGGGAUGCCCUACUGAGACAAUGGCUGUACCUAGGUUAUAAGUGGACCCUGCUCUGUGUGUGUGCAUGUAUAUAGAUGCUGGACCUGCCCAGAGGGGUUGUUUUGCCUCAAAGAGGGUGAAUAACCCCAACCAGACUGUCCCUCAGCCUCUUGGGAUCAGGCAGGGCUGGAAGUGCUGCCACUGCAUGUCGUGCAGUGCUGGGGGUCAUCCUUGAGUCUUCUCCUGCAGUUGACAGCCUUCUGGAUCUGCUGGGAUGGACACAGCUGCUGGGAAAGGAUCCAGGCUUGGUGUCAUGCCAGGGAGUCAAGGUUUGUGCCUGGCAGUGUGUGCAGCUCAGAGGCCCCUGGCCAGGAACCAAGUGCCCACCUGUAGUGCAACACAAACCAGCCACAGAGUGGCAGAAGAUCACCCAAAUGUCCCUUCUCAUCACACAAGGAGGCCUAAAGCCACCCAAGGACAGAGGAGGAGAAGCUCCUGAGGACUUCAAACCCACGACCCAGCCCCUCAGCAGGAGGAGCUGAGCUUCCAGCUUGUCUUUUACCAAUAAAUGCAGAGGUUAAGGCA